CGCGAUUGAACAGAUAUACUGUAUCCUGAGCUGUUGUACACAUUAUAUGCGAUGUAGUGUAGUGGACCCUUUAUAACCAAUUAUUACUUCAAGACGAGCUAUCGUCGAUCCCACAGCGUUUCACAAGCUGGGACAUGUUUCAGCAAGCGCAGCUUUGGAUACCUCGUCGCGCUUACCUGGUGCCUCUUCAGUGCGUCCUUUCUCGUGAACGUCUUGCCACAGCCGCCAUUGCAGAGGAAUGGCUUUUCGCCGGUGUGCGUAUCUCUGUGCCUCUUGAGAUCGUGCUGCCUGUUGAAGGACAGGGCGCACAUGUCGCAGGAGAACGGCCGUUGUGGCGAUGCCGGAUAUUGUAUGAGCGUGUCGUGUUGCGUGAAACCCGCAGGGACGGGGUAUGGCCCUCCGACUAAAUCUGAUGGCGCAGAUGAAUGACGGGGCGGUGACGCUGGUGUACCAUAAGGAGUGGUCAGACCGUGAGAGUGUGUCUGGGCGUGCAGAUACGAAGGGGCCCGUGUGGUCAUCGCCGCCUGCGCUAUCGGCAUGCCGUGUGCUAGUUGCUGAUUCACGGGGGCCGAUGGUCUGUCGCUCCUACUGCUACGUGCGUGAGACGGAUCUUGGUUUGCGAGUUGGUAACCAGGCUGGUUGGUCAUUUGAUACGUGUGGCCAAUUGAAUGGUCGUAGGAGACUGAGCUCGAAUGAGUGGGAGGGUACGGUGCAGCAUAGGAGGAAGAGGAAUAGUUGUUCGGGGAUGCAGCAUGUCCGAGGUGGUACUGGCCAGGUUCGUUCCAGCGUGCGCCACCGUACGAGGCGUCACCUGCCAGUGGAUAUUGCCGCUGGACGCAAUAGCGCGCUCCAGGCACAAUCGCACUGCCACGAAGCCAAUAGGUAUGACGGGGCUCCAAGGCUUCGCAAUGGAGACUAAACAA